GUCGAUUGGCCAGUGCAGUCGGACGGGGCGGGAGAGCGGCCAUGGCGUGGUUACUUGGGCCGCGUUGAGUCAGCCUUGCUUCUUUCUGUCGCAUUCGGUAAGGGUCGGCCGCCGGUGCCGCCGCCGCCACGGCGAUGAUGAAGGGCACGCUGGCCAGCCCCGUAGCCGCCGCCAGCACCAUGCAAGAGAGUUUCGGCUGCGCCGUCGCCAACCGCUUCCAUCAGCUCCUGGACGACGAGUCUGACCCUUUCGACAUUCUCCGGGAGGCUGAGCGGCGCAAACAGCAAAGCAAGAAGCGCGAAGAUGCUGCCGUCUCCGCUGGCAGGAAACCCGGCCUUGGUGGAGCCGCUGCCGCUGCCGCUGCCGCCAAAAGAGAAUCCCAGAAGGAGCGCAAGGGCCCCACGUUCCUGCAGCCGGAGAGCCCCCCAGCGCCAGGCCAGAAGCGAGCUCCGAAAAGGGGAGAACAGCAAGGAUGGAACGAUAGCCGAGGUACAGAGGUAAAGCAAGAUAAAGCUGAAUGGAGACCUUCUUUCAGGGAAUAUCGUCCUCAUGAAGUGGAUAGGCAAGCAGAGUUUAUGCUAGAAAGACCAAUAGACCGAUUUGAUCGAGAAAGGCCAAUGAGAGGUCGGGGAGGAAGAGGUGGAAUCAGAGGCAGAGGUAGAGGUGGUGGAAUGAACAGAACUUUCAAUGGCUUUGAUCAGAGAGGGAAACGGGAAUUUGAUCGGCAGAGUGGGAGUGACAAAACAGGAAUCCGAUCAGAAGACAAAAGGGGCGGAAGUGGACCUCGCAAUUGGGGAGCUGUUAAAGAUGAUCUGAGUGAGAUGGAACAGACUGCACCCAUGGAAGAAACUGCAGAAACAGAAGAGCAUGCAGGAGCACCUGAGGGAGACUCUCCAAACAAAAUUGCUGAAGGGGAGCCUGCAGAAGAUGCGGUGCAAGAGAUGACCUUGGAUGAAUGGAAGAAUCUUCAGGAACAAAAUCGACCAAAGCCUGAAUUCAACAUCAGGAAGCCUGAAACAGCUGUUCCUUCCAAAGCAGUGGUGAUUCACAAGUCAAAAUAUAGAGAUGAUGUACUGAAGGAAGAUUUUGAGGAUGAUUCUCACUUUUUCCGGAAAGCAGCAAAUGACAUAACUUCUCAGCUAGACAUAAAUUUUGGGAACCUCCCUCGCCCUGGGCGUGGAGCCAGAGGAAUGCGAGGAGGCCGUGGACGUGUUCGGAGAGCUGAGGAUGCAGGACCCAGGCCAGAAGUGAUGAUGCACAUCAGCGCGCCAAAUCCUGAUGACCCUGAGGAUUUUCCUGCUCUAGCUUGAAAUAACUGAACUGAAUAAUGGCACCUCAAAAGUUCCUGUGAAGAUACCAUUUCUAUGUUGGUGUAGAAGAGAAUCAUCCAAGUCUACAGAGAGAAAUGACUUUUGUGUGUGAAUUUUGCACUUCUAUUGUGUUAAGGGCCUAGAGAAAUCCAGUGGGCUAGGAGACAAGUCCAGGACCACUGUUUUGGGACUGUGUGAAGGAUUAUGGUAUCUUACAUGAGGGGUUUCAAAUAAAUGUUCAGGAUGAUGGUGUCAAGCAGGUGCAGAGGGAUGGCUUUGUCCAUGGUGUCACAAUAUAAUGUAAGCUAUACAUGAUGGGCUGUUCUGGGGACUGGAUAGCAAAAACCCAUACACAUAACAGCUGUUUUCCUUACUUCACUGGGUGAAAUGUACCUUUGCAAACUCAAGCAAUUGCACAAUAAUGUUCAGAGGUUAGCAAAUAAAAAAAAACCCUGAUCAUUGGUUGGGAAGUGAGAUGCUA